AAAAUACCUCAAAAAGAAAAAUGGGCAUCGUACCAUUUCCCGUUGUAGCAGGAGCCUUCAAAUCGGCCGUAGGCAUCCUAGGCAUAGGAGCUGCUUCCCUAGCCAUAUUCCCCCUCUUGCCCUUCAUAUUCGCCAGCCUGGCUUAUUUCCACUACGAUCAGUUCGAUCCAGAGAACAGGAUAGUUGAUACGAAACAGCUGCUGCACACAUACGAUUUCAUCGUUGUAGGAGCAGGAUCGGCAGGUUCAGUUGUGACAAACCGUCUGACUGAAAACCCUAACUGGAAUGUCCUACUGAUCGAGGCUGGAGGUCAUGAGAAUGAAAUCACAGAUGUCCCGAUCCUUAGUCUGUACCUGCACAAGAGCAAAGUCGACUGGGGAUAUAAGACUGAACCGCAACCCACAGCAUGUCAAGCAAUGAUAGAGAAUAGAUGCAGCUGGACAAGAGGUAAAAUCCUAGGAGGUUCGAGCGUCCUAAACACCAUGUUAUACGUGAGGGGAAACAGAAGAGAUUAUGACCAUUGGGUUGAACAAGGCAAUCCAGGGUGGUCUUACGAAGAAGUUCUGCCCUACUUCAAGAAAAGCGAGGAUCAACGUAACCCCUACCUAGCCAAAAAUACGAAGUACCACGCAACAGGAGGUUACCAAACGGUUCAAGAUGCCCCUUACAACACCCCCUUAGGACCAGCCUUCAUAGAAGCUGGCCAAGAGAUGGGCUACGAUAUCAGAGACAUCAACGGCGAAAAACAGACAGGUUUCGCCUUCUACCAGUUCACGAUGAGGAGGAACGCAAGAUGCUCAACUUCCAAGGCUUUCCUCCGGCCGAUCAGACUGCGGAAAAACUUCCACGUGUCCUUGUGGUCGCACGUGACCAGGGUGCUCAUAGAUCCGGCGUCCAAGAGAGCCUACGGUGUCGAAUUCUUCAAGAACGGGAAGUACUACAGGGUCAUGGCCAGGAAAGAAGUCAUUCUGUCUGCGGGUGCCAUCAAUUCGCCGCAUAUAUUGAUGUUGAGCGGUAUCGGUCCGGCGAAGCAUUUGCAGGAGAAGGGUAUAAGGGUCAUCAGGGAUGCUCCGGGCGUUGGGCAGAAUUUGCAGGAUCACAUAGCCGUUGGGGGAUUGACUUUCCUCAUAGAUCCAAAGGUGGCGAUCGUUAUGAAUCGACUGGUUAAUAUUAAUUCAGCUCUGAGAUAUGCGAUACAGGAGAAUGGACCCUUAACUUCGAGUAUAGGACUGGAAGCAGUUGGUUUCAUAUCCACCAAAUACGCAAACCAAACAGACGACUGGCCUGAUAUAGAGUUCAUGUUGACCAGCGCUUCAGUGAACGCAGACGGUGGCCAACAGGUGGCGCGGGCUCAUGGUCUAACGGACGAGUUCUACAAGGAAAUCUACGAACCCGUCAACUACAAAGACAGUUUCUCAGUGUUUCCCAUGAUGCUACGUCCAAAGAGUCGCGGGGAGAUCAAACUCAGAUCCAAGGACCCUUUCGACUACCCACUUCUCUACCACAACUACCUCACCCACCCACAUGACGUAGAUGUGCUCAGGGAAGGCCUUAAGGCCGCCAUUGCGUAUGGCUACACCGACACCUUCAAGAAAUUCGGUGCAAGGCUUCAUAAUCCACCUCUGCCAAAUUGUAAGCAUCUUCCAAUGCACACGGACGAGUAUUGGAACUGCGCGAUACGACAAUAUACCUUGUCCAUCUACCAUUACUCUUGUACUGCUAAGAUGGGACCACGUGAUGAUCCAAUGGCCGUCGUGGAUCCCGAAUUGAGGGUUUAUGGAGUUCCUGGACUGAGAGUCAUUGAUGCUUCCAUCAUGCCAACCAUAACGAAUGGAAACAUCAAUGCUCCUGUCAUCAUGAUAGGAGAGAAAGGAGCAGAUAUGGUGAAGAAUUACUGGCUUCGAAGGAGUUUUGGAGGAAGGAGAAAAAAAGAAGCUAGAAGUAGUAAUGUUAAUUCCACCAUCUUCUGAAUGUUUCGAACCCAAAUGCUCAAUAGAAUAUCUAAGUCAUUAACUAUAGGAAUCCAUAAUUUUUUUGAAAUAGUCGAGGAUUUGCCAUCACAAUAUUGUUGCUCAAUGUUAGACUACAACUGUGUUUUGAAUGUGCUCUGUGUUUCGUGAAGACGGUUUGAGCAGUGAAAGAAAUUAACCAAAGUGUGACGAUUGUUGAUUCUGACUUGUUCACCAUAAACACUGACUAGAAAUAAGGAGCAUCGUCAAUGUUAUUAUGAUACGACUUUUGUACAUUUUGUAUUGAUUAAGAU